AUGGAAGUCAGACCUAUUGGGUGGAUAUGCGGGCAGGUGCUGAAGAACUUCUCCGGAAGACUUGAGGGGAUCCAGAAGGCAGUCAUGGACCUUGCAGAUGAGUUCAAAGAUGAUCUCCCUGCCAUCCUAAGAAUAUCACAGUCUAAUCAGAAAAAAGAUCCAGUGCAGAGAACAUCCAAAGUCAGAAUGGCUCUAGCUUUAGCCCAGAUCAACCGGGGAACAUUAAUUCAAGGAUUAACCAGCAUAUCCAGCUCUUCCAAAUCAGUGGCCAAACUCCUGCAGCCCCAGCUGGCAUGUAGACUCUUGGAGCUGAGGCACAUAUCUCACCGGCUGCUGAGAGAGCUGAAUGCACCAAGCCAACCCCUGUACAGCACACAGGUCAGAAAGGGUUCUUUGUUUGAAAUAAUUUCUUUUCCAGCAAAAACUGCUUUAACUAGCAUAAUGUAUGCUUCCUACGCAGCACUAAUUUAUUUGGCAGUCUGUGUUAAUGCCGUGCUGGCAAAGAUAAAGAACAUUUUCCAAGAAGAAGAAUCCCUAAGGCAAAACAGAGAGAGUGAGAACUUUAGGAAAGCCUUUUCUGAGCCUGCGCUUCUACAGCCCAUGUUCUCUGAAGGUGAAAUCACAGCGAAACCUUAUAGAUCACUGCCAGAGAAGCCAGACCACCUCGCAGCUCUCUCCAAGCCUCCUGCCAACAAGCAGAGUAACAAGAUCCAGGUUUUACACUCUGUGUUUGACCAAUCAGCUGAACUGAAUGAAUGA